GUUUUAGCCUACUCCGCUGUCAUUUUGUGCCAUCGUUUCAUGACGCCCACAUCGCUUGUGAUCUGAUUGAAACACCUUCAUACUAGGCAAUGCUUUACACUGUUUUAUCAGUACUUAGCCAAAUUUAUUGCGAUGGACCAAUUCUUAGAACUGUGCAGGAUUCGUAUCUAUUCCCUGACUCGAAGCAUUUUGUUGAUAUGUCGUUGAAGUUUGAUCCAAUUGCUACACUAAGAAACUUCGACGAGUUAGGAGAAAAAACGAAGGAUGUUGCUGUACUUCGAGAGUUUGUGAACUCGCAUUUCAAUCCACCUGGCACAGAACUUGUGGAAUGGUAUCCUCGCGAUUGGGUCGAUUUUCCUUCGACUUUCUUGAAUAUUCAUGAUUACCAUCAUCGACGAUGGGCGCUCCAUCUGCAUCGUAUUUGGAGAGAUCUGUGUAGACGGGUACGGGAAGAUGUUCGCAAACAUCAAGAUCAUUAUUCUCUUUUGUAUGUCCCUCAUCCAUUUAUCAUUCCUGGUGGACGCUUUCGGGAGUUUUAUUACUGGGAUUCUUUCUGGAUUCUCAAGGGUCUCAUUUUCUCUCAGAUGUAUGAAACAGCUAGAGGGAUUAUUAAAAAUCUGGCUUAUAUGGUUGACAAUCAUGGAUUUGUUCCAAAUGGUGGCCGAGUUUAUUAUCUCACGCGGUCUCAGCCGCCGUUACUCAUACCCAUGGUUUAUGAUUAUUUUCUCGGCACUGGCGAUCUGGACUUUGUGAUGGAGAUAUUACCGACUCUUGAGAAGGAAUUCUUGUUUUGGAUUAACAAGAGAUCCCGAAUGUAUCUUGAUAAGGAUGGUAAAGAAAAGUUCCCGUUCUACCAAUAUAGGGCCCAACUACAAAUGCCACGACCGGAGUCUUAUAGGGAAGAUUCCGAACUUGUACAUCAUCUCAAAAGUAAUGAGGAGAAAGUGCGAAUGUGGUCAGAAGUAGCCUCAGCUGCUGAGACCGGAUGGGAUUUCUCUACGAGAUGGUUCUCGCAAAGUGGCGAAGGAAGGCACAAUAUGAGGAGCAUUAGGACAUGGAGCAUAGUGCCUGUCGAUCUGAAUGCCUUCAUGUGUGUCAAUGCCAGGAUCUUGGCCAGUUUGUUUGAAAUCAGAGGCGAUGUAAAAAAGGUUGCUUUCUAUCAACAACGUUACGAAUGGGCGAAGCGUGAGAUGAAAGAAAUUCACUGGAAUGAAACAGAUGGGAUAUGGUACGAUUACGAUUUGGAGUUGAAGACACAUUCCAACACUUACUAUGUUUCGAACGCAGUGCCACUAUACGCUAAAUGUUACGACGAUGAAGACGAUGUUGUACCUCGACGAGUGCUAGAAUAUCUACAGUCAGCUGGUGUGCUCAACUUCACGAAAGGUCUGCCAACUUCACUCGCCAUGGGCAGUGAGCAACAAUGGGAUAAAGAAAACGCUUGGCCCCCUAUGGUCCAUAUGGUCAUUGAAGGUUUUCGAACAACCGGAGAACCAGAUUUGAUGGAUGCCGCUGAAAAGAUGGCUACAUCUUGGCUUUCAAUGACAUAUCAACACUUUAUUCGAACCCAUGCUAUGUUUGAGAAGUACAAUGUGACUACUCUGACCGAAGAACUUUCUGCCGGAGGGGGUGGAGAGUAUGAAGUCCAGACUGGCUUUGGAUGGACAAAUGGUGUGAUCCUCGAUUUACUUGAUAAAUAUGGCGACAAGAUGAGAAGCUCUGGUGCUGCUAGUUUCUCAAUUCUGAUUGCUCCAGUUCUCAUCCAUAUGUGGUUAUGAGUGAAGCACAGUGCAAGUCCUUAAUUUUGGAUCAAAUCCUAUAUUUCGUCACUUUGUGAAGACUUUAGGCAGUAAUUGAUUUUUAGAAAUUAAAUGAGAGAGCGGCUGAUACUUAUUUCUCAAGCCUUGCAUUCUUGAACGAGUCCUCGGCGAGCGACUAAAACUUAGGUCGCUUUUGAUACUAGAUUUUUUUUUGAUUCGAGUUCAAAACUAGCUAAAUCAUCCACUUAUUGUUGAAGACACCGUCAAAAUCCGUCAACUCUCACCACUCAUCUCUACUCAUUCAAAUUUUAUUCGGGUAGCAAGAGUCUCUCACCAAGUGUCGAGCAACCUAUUCAAAUCGUAAAUUGUUGCUUCAGAUAGCGAAAGUACUAGCUUUUUAUUCGGGUUCAUUACAUCUUUGACUUUGAUCAUGUUUCGCUCUUUGCAUUGGUUUGUACAUACCUCUAGUCUCUUUUUAACAUUUUUCGAAAUUUUCGAUCUUCUCAGAUUCAGUGUGUUUAGCAUUUUCUUGCCAAUUUGUUAUGAUGUAACAUUUAGCAUUUCUCUAAGUUGGCAUUCACUGAUGUACCUUAUAUCAAUCAGAAUAUGAAGAUUUUACUUGUUUGAAAAGUAAAAAUGUUCUAUAUAAAUCAGCGAUCCAGAAAGUUCCAGCUGUAAACUUGCUGACGAC